AUGGAUGUCUACAAUCUCACCACUGUGACUCAGUUUAUCCUCAUAGGCCUCUCUGACCUCCCUGAGGUGCGCUAUCCUCUCUUCGUGGUCUUUGUCCUCAUCUAUAUGGUCACCUUGCUGGGAAAUGGGUCCAUCCUAUUGGCCAUUGGCAAAGAAAAAAUUUUGCACACACCCAUGUACUUCUUUCUGGCAAAUUUAUCUCUCCUUGACAUAUUUUGUCCAUCAGCCACUGUCCCCAAGAUGCUGGAAAACCUAUUGACUGAGAAGCGUAACAUUUCCUUCAUUGGCUGUGCCUUGCAGCUUUAUUUCCUGGUAGCCACAAUGGGGACUGAAGUCUUUCUUCUUGCUGUCAUGGCAUAUGACAGGUAUGUGGCCAUUUGUUUUCCCCUUCAGUACACCCUGAUCAUGACCAGGGUUCGUUGUAUCCAACUGACAGUGGGAACCUGGGCAGCAGGGUUUCUUAAUUCUGUCAUCCAUACGGUGUUCACAUUCCGCCUGACUUUCUGCAAAUCCAACCAGGUGAAUCAAUACUACUGUGACAUCCCCCCAGUGGUGGCCCUCUCAUGUUCAUCCACCUAUGUUGCAGAGAUGCUGGUUCUAGUGAUAGGAGGAGUCCUGGGGAUCGGUGCCUACCUGCUCACCUUCAUCUCUUACAUCUAUAUCAUCUCCACCAUCCUGAAGAUCCAGUCUGCGGAAGGGAAGCGCAAAGCUUUCUCUACCUGUGCCUCCCACCUCCUGGUGGUCUGCUUGUUCUAUGGCACAGCAAUAUUUACCUAUGUCCGCCCGUCUUCCAGCAAACACUCCCCAGCCAGAGACAGACUCAUCUCCAUGUUGUAUGGAGUUAUUACCCCAAUGCUAAACCCCAUCAUCUAUAGCCUGAGGAACACGGAGGUGAAGGGAGCACUGAGAAGGGCCUUGUGUGGCAGAACAUCACCUCAGCAAACCUGA